AUGCUUCAAUCAACACGUGCGUCAUCAUCAGGUAUCGGAAACAAUACUUCACCUCCUUCUUCUUCACCUGUUUGUGCAAUCAUCAUCAGAGAGCAACAACAAGUGAUUGCGUGUAUAAAUGAUGUCGAUGGAUCUCUCGUUGCUGCCCAACCUUUAGGAGGAAUACAUUUUUCCAAUGUAUCUCAUGAAUCACGAAGUAAUUUAUCAAAAACAAUAACCGUAGAAAAUCGGAGUGAUGAAGAUAUUACGAUCCGAUUAAGUUUUGCUCACCAACAUAUUUCUUCAUCAUCACUGAACACGUUAAACCAUUCAACCAUAGGCAGUAGUAGUGGCUCCAGUAAUAAUGCUGUAUCAAGUAAUGUACAGACAACAUUAGUCACAUUUCAAACAUUUGAUCCCAGUGAUCAACAAUUUUCUAAUCAAAUGUUCAACACUUUAUACAACUUCCAACAAAUCAAAAUCAAAAAAUUUGAAUCAAAUAAUUUUGUACUUAAUUUUAAUCCAAGCAAAUUGCCAUCACUCUCUGAUUCUUUGAAAUUUCAAGAUUUAAAGUCCUUCAAAGGAAAUAUUGUAUUAGACGUUAUCUCUCUUAAAUAUAACGAUAAGAUUAAAAUACCCUUCGCUAUAGAGUUCAAUCAAAGCAAGAUAAAGCUGGACGAGAAUGAAAUUGAAUUUGGUACUUCCAUUAUUAAUCGCAAGUACAUCAAAGAAUUUACAAUUACCAACAUUUCCGAAGAAGACAUUACUUUCAGCAUUUCUUCCGAAGAUAAUAUCAUCAUUCGAAAUACCUCUCAUAGAUCUAGAAGCUUUUCAAAUCCAUCAUUGGUUUCUGAGGAUAGAGCAAUUGCCGAGUUGACUUUCUCGGAAUAUGAAACUGGAAAGCUAUUAGGAAAGCAAGAAAACGUAAUAAUGGCACAUUCAUCCAUCCGAGUGAAUGUUGUUUUCAUUCCCAAAAUAAUUGGUGAAUUGAACUUCAAUGUAUCAAUUUCAAAUGACAUUGAUGGAGUACUUUCUACAAUUAAUUUUAAAUCUAUUGCCUAUGCAACAGAUGAAUCUGAUGCAAUACCAAGUAAGAGUAGAAAUAUUCUUGUAUUGGAUGAAUAUGGAAAACAACCCAUCUCAAAAAUUGAUUUUGGAGACUUUUUUAAAGGACAAACAGUGUUCAGAGUGAUUACAUUGAGAAAUCAGAGUAAUGAGUCUUAUGAUAUUUAUUUGACCACAAGUGGUAGUAGCUCCAAUCAAUCCUCGCAAACAACGGGAACAUCCUCUUCAGGUGGUGGGAGUGGUAGUAGUUCUGGUUCUGGUGCCUCUAUUACUGGUGCUAGCAACUCUCCUAUUAUUGGUGGUGGUGGUGGUGGACUUGGCACUUCAUCACAAGACUCAAUUACUUCAAAGGAGCAUGAUUUUAUCCACUUUGAAGUUUUUGAUCCAAAUAUUCAUAAUGUGCUUCUCCACAACAACAGCAAUGAUGAAAACUCUGCCAAUCAAAUGAAUUCUGGAGCAUUCAAUAGCACUGGCUCAUCUCUCUACAGAGAAAGCAUUGAAGAAUUAACGUUAUUGCCAAAGAGUGAUCGAAAGGUUCUUGUUUGUGCUCAUGUGCCACUCGAUGAGAAUUGUUUAUUCGACACAUCCUUGUCCAAGAUUAAGACCACUAUUUUAAUAACGACCAAAAACACUCCUCAAAGUGGUGGUGGUGGUGGUUCCAAUGUCCAAUCCAGUAGUAGCAACAGCAGCAUCAGUAGCGCCACUACAAGUACCACUCUUGUUGGAACGACGACAACUCCCUCGGCAACAACAACAAGUAUUUCAUCUUUGAGUGGUGGUGGCGGCGGCGGCAGUGUUAAUAGCCCGAGUGCUACUAGUAUGAGUGCUGUUGGAUCAUCCAUGACCUUCACAACAACAACACCUUCAACACCUUCAACCACCCCAUCCUCCAGUAUCGUCGCUACUACAACCACCACCACUCCAUCAUCAGCUGAAAGACGAGUAUUGGCCACUCUCAAAGCAAUUGCACAUACAUGUGCUUCCAUCAUUGAAGUCUCUCCAACCAACAUCAAAUUUGGUGAUAGCACCAUUGGAGAUAUCAAAUUCGCAUCAGUCACUGUUUUUAACAAGUCUGAUUUGCCUACACAAAUAUCAGUUCAAUUUACUUCCAAAGUCAUUACAUGUAAGACAAAAACAGCUGUAAUUGCUCCUCACAAGUCCAUUCGAAUUAGUUUUCGAUUAUCUCCAAGAAGAGUCAAUCCAAAUUAUAGAAAACAAAUUACCAUUGUGAAUGAAUGCAACAAAUUGAACGAACAGAUUAUUGAAGUAGAAUCCAACAAUGUCGAUAGAAAUAUGUUAAAUUUUCAUUGCAAAUUCUAUGAUGUUCACACUUCCUCUCAACAUAAUUAUGCGAAAUCAAUUAACUUUGGAGUUGUUGCUUUGAAUGGAAUUUCCUUAUCAAAAUUUCAAUUAUCAAACAUUUCGGAUGAACCCAUUGUUUUACGAUUGAGAUCAUCCUUAAUGGAGAAUGAACUUGUUCCAUACAGAAUUUCACGAAAGACAUCUCAACAACAAUCAGAUUCGGACGAUUCAAGUGCCAAUGAGGUGAAUUCAGAUGCCGCCGCCAACAACAACAUGACAUCCUCCGAUGUCCAUUCUCCCUACGAUAGCAGUUCAACAACUUCCUAUCAUACCGCAGCAGAAGCAGGAAGCGGAAUGGACUCUUCACCACAUCCAUCCAUGACCAAACAACACAAGAAAAGAAAAAGAAAACAUAUUACGGCUCACACCACUGCGACAACAUCAGCCAACACAAAAGUUUCAUCUCAAUCUCCCUUGUCGACUGUGAAUAGUUCUGCUCUGCAAACUUCUCUUAAAUCCUCGUUGAAACUCAAAGAAGAAUCUUUCCAAAUGAAACGAUCCACUUCAUUACACGAAACAUUUAGAACGGGUGGUAGUGAUCAUCAUGCAACAACCACUACACCUACCUUAUUUAACACUGAUUUUGCUGGUGUUGAUGAAAUUAGUACAUUGGUGAGCUUUGACUCUGAUGACGAUGACAGUGAUGAAGAUAUGGAUAACUUUUCUACGAUCAGCAGUCAUUCUGACAUGUUCAACAAUCCAAUUUCAAAUCCUCAAGAAUUUUGUGAUGAUUUGCUUGCCCUUUAUGAGAAAAUUCAAGAAAAUCUUUUUGAUCAAACCAACAACCAACAAGUGGCAGAUGAAGAAUCAAUUAUUAAUGACGAAUUAGAAUUCAAAAAGAAGUUAGCCUUUGCCAUUGAUCAAUAUAUUCUUGUUCCAUGUGAUUUAAUUUCAAUUGAACCUCGAUCCUCCAUGGACAUUUUUGUUACUUACUCACCCAAGAGCACAAAUAGCAAAUUUAUGUCCACACCUGCCAACAUUUCACCUCUCAGUCUUCACAGUGAUGUUUCUUUUUCGAGUAAUACUUCAAUUAAUGCCAUGAAAAAGAAUUUUGAAAAGCUUUUUAUUGAAUUGGUGGAUUACGAUCGAACAUUGGUUGAUGAAAUUAUUCCAAAAGAAUCUCUUCCUCCAAGAGAACUUACCGUUCAAUCAAAAGUGUGUCUCUCCAUGAUGGAAAUUGCUCAAAAAAACAUCAACUUUGGAUCCAUCACCAACAUUGAAGACAGAAAGAAGACAAUUACUGUCAGUAAUGCAUCUGAAGUACCAUUACUAUUUCGAGUGAAGAGAUCUGGAUCGAUAGCCUCCAAUGACAUUAAAAUAUUGGACAUGUUAGAGUGUGGUGGUGUUGUCCGUCCAUAUGGAAGUAGAGACAUUCAAUUGUAUUUUAAACCUUCUCUUCCAGGAGUAUUUAAUGAGACCUUAACAUUUGAGAAUAUUUUAGAUGAAUCAGAUAAGAUUCAUAUUGUGGUUAAGGCUGAUAUUAGAAACUAUGAAAAGUUUACUCUCAAAUCCAAUGAUAUUAAUUUUGGAAAUAUUUUAAUUGGUCAGCCAAGUAUCUCAAAAAAAAUUGUUGUAACCAAUAUGAGUAAGAAUCGAAGAAUAUUCGAAACGAUGAUUGAAUAUGUGAGCUUUAGCUUUUGUCGAUUCGAAUUUGAAUAUGAUUUGGAACCAGUGAGUCAAAGUACAGAAAUUGAAAAAUUAGAAACCGAACUCGAAAAAUUGGAACAUAAAUACAGAAUUUGUGUGAGAAAGAACAAGACUUCAAAGAUUAAAAAGCUCACAGAAAGAAUCAAUGAAAUCAAAAAGGAACUUAAUUUUGAUGAUCACACACCAGUGGGUCGAGUAGAGGAUGAUGUAUUCAUCUCUGAAAGUGAUGAUGAAGGAAAAAAAGAAAGAAAGUUCAAAAAAAUUGAAGAGAAUGGAAUUCGAUUUGCAAUUCCAGCAAGAAUGUCUCAGGUCAUUAAUUUGAAAAUCAAACCCUAUCUUAUUGAUGUAUCAUCAACACCCAAUGUUGCCUUUGAGAAUGGUAUUUGCAGAAUGCUCGUCUAUGAGAAUAGAAAUACCGAUGAGCAAAAAAUGGUGACUCUGAGUUCGGUGGUUCACUACGAUCUCAAAUCUUUUAAUCAUUCCAUUUCAUUAUCGAACUUUUCAACAACCAACACACCAAAACAAGAAUCAACAACCGUAUUAACUCCAAUCUCACCCAUUCUUGGAAAGACAAUGAUCAGAAAGUCUGCUAGUAGUGAAAAGUUUCCAAAAGAAACACUACUCACCUCGAAUACGACAAGUACUAUUCCAAAUCACCAUACACAAUCCUCCUCCUCCUCUUCAACAACAACAACGACGACGUCCUCCUCAUUAUUCUCCUCAUCCUCUUCUUCAUCUUUAGGCAUUCAUCCAUCGAGAAUUGUAUCCCUUCCAAAUAAGAUUGAAAAACAAUCGAAACAAUCCUCUUCAAGUACGAACUAUCCACUCAAAUCCAUUCAAAUACUUUCUCCUGAAAUUGAUUUGGGUGCAAUAUCGGUUGGUGAAAAAGUGAAAUGUAAAAUUUCAAUUACCAAUGAAUCUAAAACCGAAGAAUCAGGUUUUGUCAUUUUAGAUCACACAUCCAACAAACAAACCAUCACCUCCGAUUGUGAACUUCAAUUUAGCAAAAGAAAUGGAACUCUGCCACCAGGAAAGUACGAAAAUAUUGAAGUGGUGUGUGAGUGUUUUAGUCCUGGCACACAAAUGCACACUGUGAACAUUCAAGAUUUAAGAACCAAAGUCAUUCACAAAUGUACGAUCAAAUGCAAUGUGAUUGUGGAUUCUCCUAUUCACUUGGAGAAUAUUGGCGAUGAUCGAAUUCUCAAUUUUGGUUUUUGUUACAUUAACAUGGUAACUGGAGGAGAGAACGAUACUCAGGGUAGUUCUAGUGAUGCUGUAAGGAGUAGUACUGCUGCUGCUGCUACGAUCGGACACUCAAGUUCUAUCACCAUCAACACCACCACCACCACCAACAAUACCACCACCACCAACAAUACCACCACCACCAACAAUACCAACACGAUGGCUACUACUCUUCAGAAUUAUGCAAAAGUUUCUAGCUUCAAAGUUCACAACACCAAAAACAAUGCUCUCACUCUCAAACUCAUCUCCAAUUCAAAGAAACAAAUCUUCCUAUUCAAAGAUGCAUCUCUGAGUGAGCCAGCAACUCUUUUGAAGGUAGAACCUCAUGCAUCUCUACAAAUUUUUGUUGCCUUUAAACCUCACAUGAAUAUGAAUUUGGCAAAUAAGGGAAAAUGUACAUCGUUUGCUAGCAGCAUUGUAUUGAGUGUGUUGAAUGAGGAAAAACAAAUUUAUUCACAGGUCAUUCAAAUCAGAGCAUUCAUUGGAAAAAGUAUUCUCAAUGUCGAUACUCAAUUUAUUGAUUUUGGAUGGUCAAGUAAUUUAAAACAAUUUACAGGUACUUUUACAAUUUCAAAUGGAAAUCAAUAUCUACCACUCGAGUAUGAAAUUGUUUCAUCUUCUCCCAAUGAAUUGUUUGUGAGUAAUGAGAGUUUAUUGAAGGGAGUAUUGAGUGGAAACAAAACUCAAGAAAUUCAAUGGACUCCAACAAGUCCCUCUAAAACAAACAACAACACUAAUACUAUGAGUAGUAGUGUUGGUAGUAGUAGUAGUAUCGAUGGAAGUAGUAAUACUAUGAGUAAUGUUGAUGGUAGUAGUCGUGUUGAUACAUCAGUAGUGUCGUCUCAUCAUCCUCUACCACAUACUCUCACCAUACCAUUCACUUUUCAACCAUCAUCGAGUGGUCUUCAUGACAAUUACUUUACCAUUAUUAACAAAUCUGUGAACUCAUCUCCAACACCAUUCUCAGCCCAACUGUUCACAACAAUUCAAAAUCAUGAAACUACAACCAUCGCAGUUCGUGCAUUUGUAGAUGAUCGAAAAUCUCUUAGGAAUAAUCUCAUUGCAGAUAGCUCUGGAGUGGAUGCUUUAAUCUUCAAUACGGUCUAUGUGGUGAAAGAACGGUUAUCAGUGAUACCAUCAGGUUCGAAUCAUCAAGAAGAAAAUUCACAACUAUUAGACACAUCAUCCGUGAAUGGUCCAUCUUCUUCGGAUGAACUUUUCAUUUCUGGUGUUCCUCUACCACAUGUACAACAACUUGCAAAACAAUUGAUUGAAAAUUAUGAAUAUGUCGAUGAAUCAGAAAAGGAUUUAAUUGAGGAAAUUCAAAACUCGGUCAUUUUAGGAAUUCAAGAAUUUCAAAUGUCCAACAUUUCGAAACAAGACAUGAUUUUGAUACCGUACAGUGAUGUUGAUAUGAUUGUCUUUGUGAAGAAUAAGAAGAAUCUCCUUUCAAAGGGAAGCAAUAGUUCAAAAGGUCAGAAGAGUAGUAGUAGUGGCAGCAACAACAACAACAUUAUUGGUAAUGGCAGUAUAGGUACUAGUAGUAGUAGUAUUGGAAGUAACAACAACAACAACUCUUUAACAAAUUCCUCCUCCAAAGAUCGUCUUCAAGUCAUGUUAAACUCAGCAAAUAGUUCAUUCAAUCAAUAUUCAAAGAGAGGAAAACCAUUCAUUUUACCUGCUGGAGAACAAUUAACACUCGUGACCAUGUUGACUGGUCUUCCAUUGAACAUGUCCAUUCUCGAUAUUGAAACUCUUUUGAAGAAAUCAAGUGUGAAUGUUCAAAGAUCUCUCAUUUUGGCCGAUGAUAAGGAACAUGUAUUGAAAUUGAUCAAUGUUCAUAUUCAAUUGGGAAUUUCAGACAUUUCACUUCGUUCGAGUUCGAUUAAUUUGGGUAAAGUGGGAUACAUUGAUCAAUGGAAUCCUCGAAAAUUCCAAAUUGUGUUGAACAACAACUCGGAGGUCAUUUCAAAAGUAAGACUCGUCUCCAAACCCAAUGAAAUUGAAUUUCUCUCCAAUAUGAUGUUCAUGAGUGGUGGUGGUGGUGGUCAGAGUGGUGGUGGUAAUGGUACGAAUAGUAAUACUAUCAAUAAUAUCAGUAGUAGUAGUAAUAAUGGUAAUAAUGGUAAUAGUAAUACUAUCAAUAAUACUAGUAGUAGUAACAGUAGUAGUAACAGUAGUAGUAAUAUCAGUAACAACAGCACCACCACCACCAUGGAAUGGACCAUUCCUCCAAAAGGUCAAAAAACGAUUUUAGCUUGUCUCAAAACCAUUGAAUAUAUGGAUCACAAGAAACCACUCAAUCCCGAUGGUCUCCUUUCACUUUCUGUGGUCUUUGAAAAUUUAUACAAUCCAACCAAUGUAUUGAGUGCAACCAUUACUGCAAAUGUAACUCAAAGAGUUUGGGAAAUAUUUGGAUUACAACCAAACAAUUCAAUCAAAAUGCCACUUUUACAAUGUCCAGAGAUUAUGAAAACCAUUACUAGUAACACAAGUUCUGUGAGUGAUUUAACAUUGACCAUCACCAACAAUAGUUCCUCUAAAAUUGAUUCUAAAUUUAGAGUCGUUUAUAACAAUCCAAGUAUUUAUCACUUUUUGAAAAUUGAUUUACUUGAUUUUUCAACAAGUAUUCCAAUUAAGGAAUACAAAUUUGAAAAAAAGUCCACUCUUUAUAUUAGAAUUCGAUGUAGAGCAAAACAAAAUGCAACCAUUCCACAUGAACUCUAUUCAUUGAUUAACACUCCAGAUGAUUUGAAUUUACAUGAAUUGAAAUAUAUUCAUGUUGGAAAAUUAAUUUUUGAGUCUUCCAAUCAACCAAAAGAAUCCUUUGAUAUUUAUGGAGCCAUUGUUCAGUAUCCAACCUUUUCACUUUCAGUAGACAAGUUAGAUUUUAAAUUACCAUCACCAAUGGUUGAUUAUUAUUAUCCUUCCAGUGGUAAUAGUAUUAGUGGUGGUGGUCAGAGUGGUCAGAGUGGUAAUAGUAUUAGUGGUGGUGGUAGUAUUAGUAGCAGUGUUACUGGUGGUAAUAGUAUUACUGGUAAUACCAUCCCUGCAAAUGCCAAAGUCCUUCAAGAAUCCUUCACCAUCAAAAAUAUCAAAAAAUAUGAAGCACUCUAUUUCAAAAUUAAAAAGAGUUGGACCAAUGAAGAGGAUGAAUUGGAAGGAGUGAAUAUUACGAUAUUUCCUGAAAAGGGUCUCCUUGAACCUGCUCUCUCAACAGUCAUUAGUGUAUUCAUUGAUUAUUCCUCCAUUCAAAGCAUUGAAAAAGUCUUUGAAAAACUUUCAUUGAUUGGUAAAUCCUAUCAUUUGGUGGUAUCUGAUGAAUAUGCACCAUUAACUAUUCAACAUUUACCAUUGAAUGUGAAGGCAGUUGAUUAUUACAAGAUGUAUGGAGAUGCCCUCUUACAUGAUUUGAGUGUUUCUACGACGACUCUAACUACUAUCGGUACUACUACUACUACUAUUGGUACUACUACAAAGAACCAUUUCAAUAGUAGUAGUGGUGGUGAUGGCAUCAAUCGUUCAUCUACGGUCAUUACUUCAACUACUUCAACUACUGGUGGUGGUGGUAGUGUGAUCAGUCAUCACUCUCUCAGUAACAACAACAACAACAAACCAUCCUCCUCCUCCUCCUCAUCCUUGUCCUCUUCACCUGUAUUGAUUUUAAAGGGAUGUCGACCACUCUUACAACAAUUAUCAUCCUCUGCAAACAUGACCAAUCGAUAUGAAAUUGAAUUCAAGCACAAGAGAACACUCACGAAAAAGACUGUUGAAAGUAAGAUUACAUUGGAAAAUCCAUCACCUCAAGAUGUGUCCUACAAAAUCUAUACCAUUUCAGGUAAAAUUAAUUCAAGUGCUUCAAGUCCAUUUUCAAUGAGUCGCACUAGUGGAACUAUAGAUGCUUUUGAUUCACAUCAAAUUACAUUUACAUUCAAUACGGAUUCUAUUGAAAGUUUUUCUGAUUAUAUUAUAAUUGAAAAUUGUGAAAAUGCACUUGAUUUAAAGACAUUGAGAGCAUCUCUUGAAAUUUUAAGUGAAAUUGAAGACCCUGAAAAAUUAUUUGAUAUUCGAAUUGAUGGAAUUAAGAGUAAUGCUGCUACUAAUAAUACUAGCAAUAAUGAAUUACCACUCAAAAUGGAUUUAGGAACUGCAUUUAUUGAUACUGUGAUUAGACAUCGAUUCAUUGAUGUUGUGAAUUUGAGUGAUGAUACUCCACUUGAAUUCUUUUUCACAUCCAAUCACAAUCCAGAUACAACUGAACUUCAUUUUUCACUUUCAUUGACAUCAUUGAAACCAUUUUAUAGUUUACGAGUGGAACCAAAAUCAAAGACUCGAGUUUAUUUAAUCUAUAAGGUUCAUAAGGAAAUUAUGAAUGAUCCAACCACCACCAUCCAUAGUCCAACAACAACAACAACAACAACAACCACUGAUUUAUCUCCUCCCAAUAAUUCCAUUGGUGUUGGUGGUGGUGAUGGUGAUAGUGGUUUAACAACCAAUACCACCACCACUACUGUCGUUAGAGAUGGUACUGAUAGAGAUGGUACUGAUAGAGAUGGUACUGAUAGAGAUGAUUCUGGUGGUGUUGGUGGUGGUGGUGUGGAUCCAACCAUCAUGAGGAGUCGUUCAUUAUUGAGUGAAUCUUCUCCUUCAACACCUCGUUUCUCAUCCCAACAUGCAAUGAUGACUCAGAACCUUUUAACCUCUCCACCAUCUCCUUCUUUUCAUUCUUCUUCUCAUACUCUUGAUGAUAGUUUGAAUACCACCAUUACUUCUACUGACAUGACAUUUAUUGAUGAAUUUGAUAUUCUUGUGAAGUGUAAAUUAGUGAAAGAUUAUCAAAGAAUGAUCAAAGUCACAGCAACAUGUGUGAGACCACAAAUGUACUUGACACGACAAGAAGUAACUUUUAUAUGUAAUGAACAACAUUCAAAUGUGAUGAUGGAUGUGAAUUAUAAUCCUAUCGAUCGAUGUCCAAUUACACUUAAAAAUUUAUUGAAUGUUCCAUUACUUUAUAUUAUUAGAGAUGAUUUUUGUAAAUUAUUCAAGAUACAUGUGUUGGAUAGUGUUGGAUCACAAAUUACAUCGAGUACUAUUACUACUACUAUGAAUACAGUCCAUCUAAUCACUAGUACUCCUUCCAAUAGCAAUUCGACACCUUCUGACAACACUCUAAUUCCAAAACAAACGGUGGAUGUUUUGAAUCAUAGAAUUUAUUCCAUUCCUCCAUAUAGUACUCAUACCAUUGUGAUUGAACCAAUCGUUUCUAAACUUUCAAAAAUGGAUGCUAAAUAUUUGGAAGAACAUUUAUUUAUUUAUAAUUAUGAUAACAUUCGUGAAAAGAAAUUAGUGACUAUCAAAUUCUCAAGAUUAUCAUCAAUAACUCAAUUCUAUUCAACACCAGGAUCCAAAUCAUCACCAGUGUACAAUGCAUUGGAAGAAUCGAUUGUAAAUGUUAUUACUCAAUUCAGAAAAUAUUCAGAAUAUUAUUUAUCCAUGAAAAAUUUAAGUGAACUUAGAGAAGUGGAGCGAUCAAGAAGAAUUACAUUGGAUGUUAUUGAAGAUAUUCUUAGACAGAAAGAAUUCAUCUCUCUCUAUUAUGACAUUAGAUUCUUGACCGAUGAAUUAGUAUUUUGGGGUCUCAAAGGAAAUAUUGUUGGAAAGGUGAUUUUUGAUUUGGCGAACUUGUUAUACAUUUCACUGUUUAAAUAUGGAUCACUCUUUUCACAGAGAGACAAAACAAAAUUCUCUGCCGAGAUCAAUCAGCAGCAAGCACACAAAAACGAUUACCAUUCUUUCAAACAAUGGAUUGGCCAAUUGUCGUACUAUCUUUCAUAUUUCCAUGGAGAAGAGGCUUUUGAAUUGAGACAGUUGUUGGAAGAUUUGCUUUCUAUUCCAAGUGAGUUGUAA